UAAACAAAAAAAUGUCAGCUGUUUGUUGUCAUCAUAAAAUUUUAAUAUUUUGAAAAACAAAUAAACGGGAGUUUAAAUAUUUCAAAUGUCAUCGUUUAAAAAUUAGUAUUCAAAAUUAAUUAGUUUAUUUACAUUAAUAUUUAUAUAUACAAAUAUGAAUAUAUCACGUAUAUUUAUUGUUUUUUAUUUUAUUUAUAUCAACCAAGUAAAUUGUUAUACAUUUGAAUGGAUUCAAUCGGCGUAUAAUAUUUUGAAGUGUCCGUUCGGCGACUGCUGUAAUGAUAAUUACGUACCGCAAAAUAUCACAGCAAUACGACAGGAGUUUGACGCGAAUCUCUUUGGUCAACAUGUUGCUCAGGAAGCAGUACUUAGUGCACUGGCUGCUCAUGUUGCGAUUAAAAAUCCUCCCAAGGCUCUGGCGAUGAGUUUCCAUGGAUUAGCUGGCACUGGAAAAAAUUUUGUUGUCAAAAUGAUAGCAAAUAAUUUUUUCAAACUAGGCUGUGAGAGCAAACACUUUCAAAUAUAUACCGGGCGAUUGGAAUUUAAAUUGAAGGAUAAAUUAAAUGAUUACAAGGACUCGUUGGUGGAGAAAAUAACAGAAACUCUUUUAAACUGUCCCAAGUCGAUGUUCGUUUUUGAUGAAGUAGACAUAAUGAUACCAGGAGUCCUAGAUGUACUGGUACCCUUUUUAGACCACGGACCAGUUCGUGUUAAUUACAGAGGAACAAAAAAAUCAGUCCAAACAAACAACGCGAUAUUUAUUAUCCUGUCAAAUACCGGAAGUCAUGAAAUAGCGAAGACGUUGAUAGAUUUACGUGCCCAGGGAAGAAGACGAUGUGAAACGAAGCUCGCGGACUUUGAAAGUCUGAUUGCUACGGGAGCUUUCAAUGAGAAAGGCGGACUGCAUCGCAGUGAUACCAUCAGUACCAGUUUGAUUGACCAUUAUGUCCCUUUUUUGCCUCUUGAGAAGCAGCAUGUCAGACAGUGUAUCAAAGCGGCGUUCAAAUUGAGAGAUAUCCUGCCCAGUGAAGAACAAAUUGAGGAAGCGAUGUCUCACGUCACCUUUGGAGACCAACCUUUUGAUCUGUACGCGAAAAACGGCUGCAAAAGAGUCGACCAAAAAGUCGCCAGCAUCGCGUACAGGCAAACUAAAUCCACUGGAUCUACUUCCCACAAAGAAUUAUAGACAUUUUUUACUUUUUAUAUAUUUUUUUUAUCACAUUUAAUAAAUAUCUUUU